AACAACUUACUCCACUUGGAAUACAUCUCUCACACAUUCCGGUUGAUGUUCACAUUGGAAAAAUGCUAUUAUUUGGAGCAAUAUUCCGAUGUCUCGAUCCAAUUCUCACCAUAGCAGCUAUGCUAAGUUACCGAGGUCCAUUCCUUACACUAUUUGGAAAAGAAUCGGAAUCUGAUGCAGCACGAAAUAAAUUUAAAUAUGGAGAUUCUGAUUUAUUGACAAUGUAUUCCGCCUAUUGCCAAUGGAAAUUAACCUACGAAAAGCACGGCUCAGGAAGAGUUUUGCGAGAGUUUUGUCAGACCAAUUUUCUGAAUGACCAAAAUUUGCGAAUGAUCGAGGAUAUGAAAAAGCAAUUUUUAUCAUUGUUGGUGAAUAUCGGAUUUGUGCAAGUACAUGAAAAUAUGAAGGCCGAAUUAGGCAGGCAGGUGUUCUUGAUCUUUUUCAUAAAAUUUGGUCCGAAAACCAUGUGUCGAGUUCCAGUAGUUUAUGAUGCAAAUUCAUCCUCCACUCAUAUAAUUAAUGCUGUAAUUGCUGCGGGAUUGUAUCCCAGAGUAAUACAUCGAGAUUCAAAAAAAAAUCAGUUUGAUACCAUGACUGGCCAUGAACUAAGACAGGUUUUCAUACACCCAUCCUCAAUAAAUUUUCCGCUCCAGAGCGCAAAUGCGUCAUCACUAGGAAAAGAUUGGUUCGUGUAUAAUACAAUGAUGCAGACCAAUAAGUUAUAUGUAAGGGAAACUAGUUUAGUGGAAGUAGUGGAUUUGGUUUUAUUCGGGAGAGAGGUUGGUGUGAAGCAUGAAAUCAGGAUAUUGUCUAUUGACAAAUGGAUACGGCUGCAAUGUCCUGCAAAGACAGCUACGUUAUUGAAAUAUUUGAGAGGUCAAUUGAACAAGAUCCUCAAAUAUAAAAUCGAUCGUCCCGAAGCUGAGCUUGAUGGGGAACAACAAGGGUGGUUGGAUUUGAUUUUAGAGGUCUUAGAGAGCUGUGAAGAGACCAACUGGAAGGCAUAA